GUCAUGUCAUACAUAUGAAGUAAUUAAAAUUUUUGCAAUCUAAUUUUAUAUUAUAUAUGUUUCUUAUAUUCUUUAUCAUCAUUAUCGAGCUUUUUUACUUGUAAAAUACAAUUUUCAAGUUCGAGCUAUUAAUUUUUAUUUAUACUUUUAUGUAUCCUAUUCAAUUGUAUAAAAAUGAACUUCAUAUAUAUCCUCUUUAAUUUACAUUAUAUACAAUAGCAUUUUCUAAAUAAAUGUGAAUCUAUAAAUGUAAUUUAGUCAAUGAAAUUUACUGCGUGGCUAAUAAAACUAAUAUUCUAUUGAAAGUAACUUUUUCCAUCGUUUGUGUCCAUCUGUUCAUAAAUUCGGGACAAACAGCAGUUAGCAGCUGGCAGCUACAAUAAUGUAUGUAGUGGAUAAAAUUAAGCAUUAUCAGCGAAAUAUUGAAAAAUGUGAUGACAAUGAAGAUAAAGUUAUUUAUUGUAUUUCAAAACUAUCUAAUUUGCCAGUAACAGUGAAACAUCUUCAAGAUACUGGUGUAGGACGUACUGUAAAUGGUUUAAGAAAAUAUGAUGGUGGUGUAGGAAAUGCUGCUAAAGCACUCGUAGCAAAAUGGAAAGCAAUGGUUGCUAGUGAAGAAACUAGCGAAGGUGAAGUUGAAUACGAAGACGAUACAUGUGUUCCUGAUGCACCUGACAGCUAUAAUAUAAAUAAUCGUGAAUCCCCAAAAUCUGAAGAAAAUUCUAUAAGACAUAAAAGUGAAGAAAAUCAAAAAAAUAUGUAUAAACAUAAGUCAGAAAAAUCUGAAAUGUCACAUACAUCACAUAGUAAUAAAUAUUCUUCAAAAUAUGAAUCUAAAUUAAAAAUUAAUGAAUCUCAACCGAGAAUAAAUAAUGAUGUUGCUAAAAAUUCAAAUAAUAAUUUAGAAAAACAAAAGAAAUAUGACAAAUCUAAACAUAAUCAUAAACAUGAGUCAAAAAAUGACAAAAAAUCUUCGAAAGAUAAAAGUGCCUAUAAAAAAGAUGAAAUUCAAAGUUCUAAACAUCAUAAUCACAAUAAAUCUGAUAAUACAGAAAAACAUUCUAACAAAUCUUUGGAUAACAAUAGCUUAUCUAAAAUUAAUGAAGAAAAUCAUAAAAAACGAAAAAAUUAUGAUUCAAAUAUACUUAAAAAAGAAAAUAAACGAAGAAAAUAUUCAGAUAGUGAAAAUGAUGAAGUUAAAUUUCAAGAAUCUUCUAGUUUUGAAAAGCAUAAUAAUAGUAUCACAUUAAAUACAAUUAAAAUAAAAGAAGAACCCAAGGAUAAAGAUAUAUUAACUAAAAAUGAAAUUAAAUAUGAAAAAAAAGAUGCUCAUGAAAAAUCAAAAAGCAGUUCUAGCAAAUAUCGAACUGAUUCAUCUAAUAGCAAAUUAAAAGAUAUUAAUAGUGAGAAACAUAAACAUAAAAUUGAAACACAUACAAAUCAUAAUAAAGAUGAAACUAGACGAAGUAAUCAUUCUAAGGAAUCUUCAGAAUUAAAACAUCACAAUAGUUCCUCUAGUGAUAAGCAUCAUGAUAAAAGUAAAGAUAGGACUAAGAAAAAGGAUCAUAAGGGAGAAAAAAAUAGACAUGAAAAUAAAAGUAAUAAAGAUUCAAAACAUGUGAAACAUGGAUCAAAAGAAUCUAAGGAUUUGAUAAAAAUAAAACAAGAAAUUAAUGGAGAUGAAGGAAUUGAUUGCCACUCUGGUGCUAGCUUUGCAGAAGCAUUAGGUAUGUGUACAAUGACACAAGUAUCAAAAAAACGUAAUAAUAAUUCUCCAAAUACAAGCGCAUCUAAAGUGAUGAAAGCAGAACAAUCAGCUGCUAUAAAUAAUAAGAAAGUUACAGUGAAAAUUGAACCAACAAAUGAUAAUUUACGAACUCCAUCGCUUUUAACAUCAAAUAUAAAAUUAGAGCCAUUAAAUGUAGAUUUAGCAUCUACAUUACCUGAAAUUAGUCCAAAUUAUAAGCCACUGCCAUAUAUUAAUCCAGUUCAGCGUAAGGAAGAAGAUAAACUUCUUACAGAUGUAAUCUAUGUUAAAAAUCAAAGGACAAAAGUAUAUUCAGGAAAUAAAUCUGGUUAUACGAGUGUACCAACUUUAUUUGAGUUAUGUACAAGGGUAUUGAUAGAAAAUAUUGAUGCACUUGAAUUUACGGGUGGUGUGCCUUUUGAUAUAAUAAAACCUGUUCUUGAGCGCGCAACUGCAGAUCAACUUUUUAUGUUAGAACAUUACAAUCCUUAUUUAGUUGAAGAUACGGAUGAAUUAUGGCAAUAUCAUUGUAACCGUGAAUUUAGAAAUAAGCAAAGAGAAGAAAUGGAAACAUGGCGUGAGACAUAUAUGCGAUGUUUAGAUGAAAGAGAAGCCAAAUUAAAAACACUUACAGCUAAUAUAAAACAAUCGAUAGAUAAAUCUGUUCCUGUAAGAUCUACUAAACUUGCAUAUGUAGACAAUGUUGUUAAACCUCCAAGAAAUAUUCUUAAAAAACAAGCUAAAUAUGGUACUGCUAAUUUACCUACCACUGCAUCUAAUUUAAAGAAGAAAUUAAUCAGCGGCGGAGGACCUACAGCUGCUACAAAUAUAUCUGUCCCGCCACCACCUAUAUCUCGUAACACAAAAACAUUGAAGAAAACAAAAGCACCACUCAUGGCAAAAGCAUUACAAUUAAUAAAAGGACGUUAUAAACGGUAGUUUAUACAAAAUAUAUUAAUGUAUUCAAUAAUUUAGGUUUUAAAAUUAUAUUUCCUGGAUUAAUGAAAUUAAUGAAUUUUAAAAUUUUUUAAAUUUAAUAUUCAUAAAAGUGAAAUUUUCACUUGUAAAAUAAUCGAAAUAGCAAGAAAGAAUGCCACAAACAGUUUUAUAUAUACUAUAUAUAAUUAAAAAACGAAAGAAGAAGAAUAUAUUAUAAAAAUGUUAUACGUCCACUGUAUUGGAAAAGGAAAAUAUUUAAAAAAAAAACAAAUAAUUAAUUUAACAUUAUUAUCAGUAUAUAUAAUUAUUAAUGAAAUUAAAUCUAUUUGAUCUUUUAAAUUUAAGUUAUUGCGUAAGAAAUAUUAUAUUUAAUUAGUAUAACAAUAUUGUAAGUAUAUUAUGUAAGGAUAAAUAAUAAUCAUGUAUGUAAUUCAUUUCAUAUAUGUAGUCAUAUUUAAGGUAAUGUAUUUAUGUUUUAUUUAUGAUAUAUUAGCGAUUAUGUAAAAUAUUUUAAUUUUGAUAGUAAACAUAAUUUUAAGAAUCAACAGAUGAAUUUGAGGAACUUCAAAACUCGAAAAACCUAAAAAUUCCAUAUCAUUUGAGUAAAAUUUAAAUUAAUUAAUUAUUCAAUUUAAAUCAAUUAAGUAUUUAUGCAUUAAUUUUUAUACAUUCAUCCCAUUUUUAUAAUUAUUUUAUUUUCCUAUAUAAUGUAGAACGAUAUUCAUAAAUGAAGUAUUUUACGUUCUACGUUUACCUUCAACAGAUUACAUUCUAAAACUCAAAAUUUUUGUACAUAAAUUCUUUAUUGUUUGUAAUUUUUUUCCCUUUUUUUUUACAUUUUUACCUCGCUUGAGCAAUAUAUCAAAAAAUAAAAAUAGUACCUUACGAAAAAGAUUAACAAUUUGAUAAUGUUAAUCAAUCGUUUUGGUAUUUACAAAAUAUAGUUAAAAUAUAUGCGUCAAAGUAUGAUACUUCUUUUAUGAAUUUCUUAUUUAUAUUUAUAUAGAACAAAAAUUGAAGAAUGAUGAGAACAUAGUUUAUUAUAAUCUACUUAAUUAUUAAUUAUGUUUAUUUAGAAUAAAUUAAUUUAAUUUUAUAGGAAGUCAUUCGUUAUGUAAUUUUUGUAAUUUAUUAGAUUUUCAUCCUUCAAAUCUAAUAAAUUUAAAUUUCUAUAUGCAUAAAAGAACAAUAAAAUAAAUAGUCAAAAUGAAAAUCAUAAAUCAUACAUGGAUGAUGGAUAAUAUAUGUAUACAUUUGUAUUGAUUAUUAAUUAGUCUGAUUAAUUUAUAUAGCGAGGUUGUGAACACUUUCCCUUUUAUAAAUCGAUUGAAUUAAAGGAAAUUAUAUAAGAU